CACAAAACCAUUUAGCCCUGCUGUAUAGAAAUGAAUGUCUAUCUUAUGAAAAUAUUUCUCAGUCUCUCACUGAGUUUAUGGUUGUGUGAUGCUAAAUCAAUGGGAGCUAUGUAUGUAAUACAAGAAGCAGAAGCACCAUGUAUUAACAUCAGUGAUACCAACAGCAACCAUGAGCUUGAAAAACUUCUGGACAGAAUUAAAUAUGUUGCUCGAAGCUGCAAAGAAAUCCGUGACAAGUAUCAUGUUUAUGAUGACGGCCUGUACUAUCUGAUCUCAUCAAGAGGGGUCCUUUACCAGACGUUCUGUGAUAUGACCACUGCCGGCGGCGGCUGGACGCUGGUGGCCAGUGUUCAUGAAAACAACAUGCAUGGAAAGUGUACUGUUGGUGAUCGCUGGUCUAGUCAGCAAGGCAGCGACCCAAAACGUCCUGAUGGUGACGGGACAUGGGCAAACAGAGUCACAUUUGGAGCUGCCGAAGCGGCCACAAGUGAUGAUUAUAAGAAUCCUGGAUAUUUUGACAUUGUGGCACAGGAUGUUUCUGUGUGGCAUGUUCCUAAUAAUGUUCAGCUGGAACACUGGACCACUGCCUCCAUCCUGAGAUACCACACUGAAAAUCUUUUCUUAACCCUACAUGGAGGAAACCUUUUCAAUUUAUUCAAGAAAUUCCCUGUGAGGUUUGGAAUCGGGACAUGCAACAUUGAUAAUGGACCUGCUAUUCCAAUAGUGUAUGAUACUGGAAAUACAGUAACAACCAAAAAUCUGUAUGGUCCUUAUCCAAGAGAAAUAUUUGAGCCUGGAUUCAUCACAUUCAGGGUCUUCAAUACUGAAAAGGCAGCUAUGGCUCUUUGUUCAGGUGUUAAACCAACCGGUUGUCACACCGAACAUUUCUGUAUUGGUGGAGGUGGACACUUUCCUGAGGGCGUCCCUAGACAGUGUGGGGACUUUACGAGCUUCGACUGGGAUGGAUAUGGUACUAAUACAGGAUGGAGUGCUUCCAAAGAGAUGACUGAAGCAGCUGUACUUCUCUUUUAUCGCUGACACUCUGAUCAUUCUAAAGAGAUAUACC